ACGAGUCGAGUAGCCAUUGCCCAUUGCCAUUCCUUCCUUCCUCCACAGAGAAAUCCGAUCCGCGGAGAUUUGACCCAACCAGAUCAUAUCACACACGUAAUCCCAUCCCAUUCCGCCCGCAACAGCAGCACCACCGGUGGGAAGAAGAAGAUGAAGAAGGCCACUUCGCUCUCCGAGCUGGGCUUCGACGCCGGCGACGCGUCGUCGGGCUUCUUCCGCCCUGUGUCCGGCGACUCGUCGACGCCGACGUCGCAGCACCACCGGCGGAGGCUGACCAAGGUGUCGGUCAUCGGCGCGGGCAACGUGGGGAUGGCCAUCGCGCAGACCAUCCUCACGCGCGACCUGGCCGACGAGAUCGCGCUGGUGGACGCGGUCCCGGACAAGCUCCGCGGGGAGAUGCUGGACCUGCAGCACGCGGCGGCGUUCCUGCCGCGCACGCGCCUCGUGUCCGGCACCGACAUGUCCGUGACCAGGGGCUCGGACCUGGUCAUCGUGACGGCCGGGGCGCGGCAGAUCCAGGGCGAGACGAGGCUCGACCUGCUCCAGCGGAACGUGGCGCUGUUCCGCAAGAUCGUGCCGCCGCUGGCGGAGCAGUCCCACGACGCGCUGCUGCUCGUCGUGUCCAACCCCGUGGACGUGCUCACCUACGUCGCCUGGAAGCUUUCGGGCUUCCCGGCCAGCCGCGUCAUCGGAUCCGGCACCAACCUCGACUCGUCCAGGUUCAGGUUCCUUCUCGCCGAGCACCUCGACGUCAACGCCCAGGACGUACAGGCGUACAUGGUCGGCGAGCACGGCGACAGCUCGGUGGCGGUGUGGUCGAGCGUGAGCGUGGCGGGGAUGCCGGUGCUCAAGUCGCUGCAGGAGAGCCACCGCUGCUUCGACGAGGAGGCGCUGGAGGGCAUCCGCCGCGCCGUCGUCGACAGCGCCUACGAGGUCAUCAGCCUCAAGGGCUACACCUCCUGGGCCAUCGGCUACUCCGUCGCCAGCCUCGCCGCGUCGCUGCUCCGGGACCAGCGCCGCAUCCACCCGGUCUCCGUCCUCGCCAGGGGGUUCCACGGCAUCCCCGACGGGAACGACGUCUUCCUCAGCCUGCCCGCCAGGCUCGGCCGCGCCGGCGUCCAGGGCGUCGCCGAGAUGGAGCUCACCGAGGAGGAGGCCAAACGACUGCGCCGCUCCGCCAAGACCAUCUGGGAGAACUGCCAGCUCCUCGGCCUCUGAUGAUCACAUCACCGUCUCUCUUCAUUAAUUAAUUAUUGCAUCAAUUUCCACAACCUAGCAGCAGCAUCCGGUACCCGUGUUCAAUAAAAACAAACCGCUACAAUGUGUGCUUUCUAGCUGCAUUAAGCUGCUUACUACGAGUAUUUGGGCUGUGGCUUUCUUUUUCAUGUAUCUCACCAAAUCGUUAUUGUUGUGAGAGCUAUACUACACGGUGGUAUCAAGAGUAUCACAAUGCCCAACAGGCGAUGGAUUGAGCUUUCCUAAUUUUUUCAUGAUAAAUUAAGUUCUAC